UAUGGGAUGUUGAGGAUAAGUGGGCAAGGUUGACUUGUAUAUACAAAUGGAGAGGGCUUGUGACCUCCCACGAGCAAUCAAUUUCCCUUCCCUCCACCCCUGCCUCCAUCUUCAAGGCUGGAGAAACCAGGAAGAGAAAACAUCCCAUAGGCUAAUAAGGACUGGUUUGGCCAAAUCAUGAGCACCCAAGAUCUAGUUGCCAAAGGAAGGUGCUGUCCCUGGGAUUCCCGUUGAGAGAACUUGGGUAUAUUUAAGAGUGCUAUUCCAAAGACUUGAUCAGCUUCUCCAUCUUCCCUCACCUUAAAGUAUGGCUGACCUCAGCCUGUGGACUUGACUUGAGUUUUUAGUGGGAGACAUUCUCAGUCUUCUGUUUCCCAGAGUAAGGAGGAACCAGCCUUGGCAAAAUGGAUCCCACGUUCCCAGAGGCAGUGAGCCAAAGCACUAUGCCCCUGGAUAUUCUGAAUGUUGUAGAAAGAUACAACAACCGAUCAUUGGGCACAUGCUUUCAUACCAGGAGUGCUAUAAUGAGGGGGCAGAGCUUUGGUGGAAUACCCACUGUGUUAAUCCUAAACCUCUGCUUCUGGCUGGUUGCUAUUUUUGUCUAUGCCUUCCUUCGGAAAGCUGCCUGGGACUAUGGACGCCUAAGUCUGCUAACAAAUCAUGAAAGCCUGAUCUCACUGUUCUUUGGAGAGCAAAGUGAUAAGAAUUCCCCAAUGGAAGCUGUCCUGGAGGUACACAAAAGAGAUACGGGUAACUUUUCCUGGUUAAUCCACAUCAUAAAAAUGACGAAAGAGGAGCUGAUUAAAAAGUGUGGAGAUGAUGCCAAAAUGUACCUCAGUUUCCAGAGACACCUCAUUCUUCUAUUCCUCUUUCUCUGUGUGCCCUCCUUGGCUGUCAUCCUGCCUCUCAAUUACUCUGGGAAUCUUCUGGCACGAAAUAGUCAUUUCGGCCGUACCACCAUUGUCAAUGUCGGCAAAAAUGACAAGAUCUUGUGGGUACAUAGUGUAUUCUCCUUUCUCUACUUCUGCCUCACCUUUUGCUUCAUGGUCCACCAUAGUCGAGACAUUAAACCCAAGAGUGAAGGAAAGGCAACCAAAACUCUGCUGAUCACCUAUCUACCCAAGGAAAUUACAGAUCCUGCGAUCAUCAUCAAACAUUUUCAUGAGGCUUACCCCAGCUGCACAGUGACCAAAGUCCACUUCUGCUAUGAUCUGAGAAGACUGGUAGAAUUGGAUAACCAAAGACACCAUGUAAUGAAAGGUCGACUCUUUUAUACCUCAUAUAAUCUGACAAAUGGGAAAACGAUGAUUCGAGUGCAUCCCUGCUCCCGUAUCUGCUUCUGUCAGUGCUGCAAAUGCUUCAAGGAGGUGGAUGCUGAACAAUACUACAGUGAAUUGGAAGAGAAGUUGACUGAUGAGUUCAAUGCUGAACGGAGCCUAAUCCACCAGAAGCGUUUGGAUGCAGCUUUUGUCACCUUUGAGGAUGAGAAGAUGACAGCUUUCAUCCUAAAGGAUUUUAAGUGGAUUCAUUGGGGCAAAGCUCCACAAUCAUCCUCAGUAACAACGGUGGUCCAGUCUCACAAAUGGAGGGUCUUCUAUGCCCCUCACCCUAAGGAUAUUCUUUGGGAGCACCUAUCCAUCCGUGGAGUUCACUGGUGGGCACGUUUCCUACUUAUCAACAUUUCCCUCUUCAUCCUGAUCUUCUUCCUCACCACACCAAGCAUUGUUAUCAACACCAUGGACAUGUUCAAUGUCACUCGACCCAUCGAGAAACUCAAGAAUCCCAUUGUGACCCAGUUUGUCUCUUCCUUGCUAAUGUGGGCUUUUGCUGUGACCCUUCCCUUCAUCGUCUACUCUUCCUCCUUUUUGGAGGCACACUGGACUAGGUCACACCGAAAUCUGUUCACAGUAUAUAAAUGUUACUUCUUUCUAGUGUUCAUGGUGAUUAUCUUGCCUUCAUUGGGCCUGACCAGUUUGGAUCUUUUCUUUCGAUGGCUCCUUGACAGCACUUUUUUGGACCACGCAGAACUGAAGUUCCAGUGUGUGUUCCUUCCUGACAACGGGGCCUUCUUUGUUAACUAUGUCAUCACCUCCAGUCUGAUCGGCACGGGCAGUGACCUGCUGCGUAUAGAGUCCCUUCUCUUCUACAGCAUACGCCUCCUUUUCUCCAAAUCUGAAGGCGAACGAGUGAACAUCAGGCAGAAACAAGUCAGAACUUUUGAAUAUGGACGUGAGUAUUCCUGGAUUUCUUGUGUCAUCAGUGUUGUGAUGGCAUAUAGCAUCACCUGCCCCCUCAUUGUUCCAUUUGGGCUGCUUUAUAUUUCUUUGAAGCAUAUUACUGAUAAGUACAACUUGUAUUAUUCCUACGCCCCUACCAAACUUAGAGAAGACUUCCACAUGGUGGGAGUUUACCAGGUGAUCCUGGCGCCCAUCCUUUCUAUAUUCUGGCUGCUCUUCUUCUCCAUUGUCCGUCUAGGAGGCCUUCAUCCCGUCACUGUUUUUACCCUUAUGAUCCUCUUUGCUUCCAUCGUGACUUCCUUCAUUAGUCUUUGCUUUAGGAAGGUUUGGAGGAAACGGCCUGAGACUGAGGCAGAACAAUCAGAUACAACCUCCAGCGAUUUCAAUCUCCGAAGAAGCAUGUCUUCCUCUCUCUUCAUACAAAAUUUGUAUGUGGCCCCAGUGCUCCAGGAACUAGAGAUGAGUCUGACUCCAGCCACCUCUCCAGGCCGCCAGUCCUACGGCACCAUGAGCAGCCAGCUGGAUGCCUUGGACAGGGAGGAUGAAAGUGGGCCACAGAGCCUGGCAUCCGAAGUGGAGACUGCUGAGGGCGAGUACCAGGAGGGGCUAUUAAUGGAAGACAAAACAAAUAAGGAUCACCCAUCCCCACCACCAAAGGUGCUCCCACACUAGGUGGAAUGCCAGCAUCAAGAGAAGAACAUGGCAGGGAGCAGAAGGGUAGAUCCUAUCUCCCCCUUCCUUUCGACCCACAUGCCCAUUCCCCCAGAUCCUCGAAGGCUGCCAUUUUUCAUCCUGCCUCUAUCCCCAAGGCACUGGCAGGUUGAUAGAUCCCAGGCAUGCUUGACUGGUUAGAAAGUGAAUCUGGUGGAAGAUGCAGUCUGGACUCGUGGACUGAAAGUACUAAGCAACGUCCAUGUCUCAUAAGGGGUCAUCAGUGCCUAGGAAUUAAUAUUGGUACUUCCUUAAAAGAAGAUGAGAAAAAGAAAGCACAGGAAAAAGGGGUCCUAAAGGGUCCCUAUUCUCAGCAGCCUCUGAAAACUCUUCUCCAAUUUGUUUGCCUUUUGGAAGAUCUACCACUCAGACCAUUCUUUCAUAACUCCCACUUCCCCGAAGACCCAAAGAAAUCUCAACUGAUCUAUGACUGGCUAAGUUAUCAAGAAACGAGAAUAGACUGGGCUGGCCAAUCUAAGAAGGGAGACUUCUUAGUUUCCUUAACCCAGAAUUGGAGGAAGAUGCCUCCUCAAACGCCUGAGGUUGGAGGUUUUCACCAAAUUAGAAUUCAUGAGGAAAAACAGCCUCCCUAAAGAGAAGGGAUUCCUGUGGCCCUGGAGCUUCAUCCUAGCCUGAAACUCUAUGUAGUAUGAAUGGCCAGAGCCAAGGAUUAUGUUAAGGGAAAUCUUUUGAGUUGUCACACAUCUUGCCUCCACUCCUCUUCUUCCUCUCUCCCACCAUUUGCUAGAUGGCUCUGAGCAGAGUAGUGUUGAACUAAAACAGCAGAAGAAGAGAAGUUAAGAUUAGAGAACCUCAGCCUUUAUGCUCAAUGGGCUGACCAAGUAAGGGCAGGAGUCAGAGUAAAAUCCUCGAGAUGAUCUUAAAGCCCACCAAACAUUCGUAUAUGUUGGGAAGUAAGACAGGGAAAGAAGGAAGUAAGCCUUCACCUGAAGAUAUUGAAGAAUAUAAAAGAUCUCCCAUUCACCCGGGGAACUAAGCACCUUGGUCAGUUCCAGCAGAAUAGAGCUCCAGGGUAAGGGGGGGCAGCCAUGUCAAAUAGUCCCUGCCAGCUGCCAUGGGAGUGUCUCUGGUUCAGGAUGGGACUAAAGUAACUAGAAGCUGAUGGUAAGAAGCUCCCAUCCAGACCCCAGGAUAGUGACCCCAAACAGGACAUCAUACCUUUCCUAUGUUCACUCAUCUCUCCAAGCUUCCCUUUGCCAGAGGAGACCCAAGUGAUGUAUUUUUAUGCCAAAGGGGAGAGAAGCAGUUUUCUAUUUGUUGGAAAGUGCUGUCUUUUCCCCCAUGUUGACCCACAACCCAGACACCGCUCCUGGUGAUUGCUUCUUCCAGCCUCCCUCAUUCCCCAGCGGGAGGAAGCUUAGAAUGAUGGAUGGGAAGCCAUCAUCCAACUUGGAUAAUGAACACCUGUUUUCUUAAGUCAUGCUGCCCCCAUCCGUGCCCCCAAGAUGGGCUCCCUCUAUCAUUAAUGCUGCUCUUCUCUUAGGGCUAAAUCAGUCCAAAGACAGAAGGAAGGGGCAGGAGGAGGACUUAGGAGGAAGGGUAUUAAGAACUGUCCCCUCUACUGUCUCAACUCCAACACCAUGCAGAUAGCCCUGGGAUGUAAUAGGCUGCCAUAUGUGAUGGACUUUGACAGUACCACCCAAAAGUUGGUACAAGAAGUAAAAAAAGUUCCUCUGGUUUUGUAGUCAGAGCAUGGGAAUGAGCCAAGGAGAGUGGACCUGUUUGUUCCUGAGUUCUGAUCUAAUGCUUCUCUGUAAUGAUGGAGAGGGGAGGAGGAAGAGGAAAAGUGAGAAUAGGGUACUCUCACUUGGAAAGAUGAAUGGCCCUCAUUUCAUGGCAUCAAUUCUCAAGUUUUCUUGCCAGUUUCUCAGUUUUUUAAAAUCCUUAGGUCUAAGAGAAAUGCAAAAGGUAGCCAGUACACCAAUUUCUAAUGCAAAGGAAUAUCCUAUUAUAAUACACACAUGCAUUUGUGUACUCAAUCCCAUUCUGGUUGAAGCUAGAGCUCUGGUGAUGAAAAAUGCCCAUAUAUGCAGAGUGCUUUGCCUGCUUUGAGUUGACCAGAUGAUCCUAGAAAUAAUGGAAAGAUUGGAGAAAAGAGGGACUUUAUUCCACAGUGGAACUGGGUUACACUGAAGGAAUGCAGCCAAGAAAAAAAAAAACAAACUCUGGAAGAGAGGAAGAAUAUGACUUACUUAAACCCUAACAGUAAAAACUAAGCCAAAGGGCUUUUUUUUCCUUUUAAAUCAACUAAUGGGCAAGAAAGGAUCCUUUCCAUCGUAGGGCAGCCUGGAGGACCCAAGCCAAGUGCUCCUUGAUCUCUUCAGGCUUUCUGCAGGUUUACAGCAUAGAAUUUGGCAGCCUCAGGACAGAUCAGCAGCAUACCCAGAAGGUAGCAAGGGGUGAUCAUUUCUUAGGCACACUCCCACUUAUUAACUACUUGCUAUCUUGCUUUCAUCCAUUCACGGAACCUCAUCCUUCUUCCCCAGGAUGGAACCUUGAGAGUGAGGGGAAGGAAUUGAGUUUUAUUUCAAUUCAACUCAAAUGGAGUACAAGUCCAUCUGGUAAAUGAACAGGGCUACCAGAUGCAAACACCACUGGACUGGGAUUAGCAUUCAGUCCCACCAUCACCAACAUCUGGAUAACAGAUUUGAUAAAGUCUAAUUUUAAGGAGAAAAGUAGUGUAGAGAUCUGGGGACUCAAGUGGGAUUUGUCUCCCUACCCUUCCUUAGACUGUAUAACCAAGAAGUCAUUCCUUCCCUUCAAACUCAUUCUAUGUAUUUUUACACAAAUCCAAUCAUCCUUCUGUUACAUUCCCUUUGUUCCCUAUAUCUGCUAUGACCCAAGAUAUAUUUACCCAUUUGUUCCUAUAGAUACAAGCAUCCUAAUACUGUCCAAGCCCCUAAUUUUUCCUUCUUUCCAUAUAUCUUAACUGUCUUACAUCUGGUCAUCCAAUUGUUUCUAUUCUACAUAGGAUAACACAUCCUAACCACCCUCAUAUCUACAUCUUAAAACUUUAACCUUAUAUUCUACCCAAUCCCACUUUACAUCAGUUCAACAACCUGACCACCCAUGCAUCCAAAACACACACACACUUAAACUCCUUGGAAUUGAUUGUCCCACAUUUACUCCUUUGGGAGAAAUUGAGCUUUAUUCUAUCGGGGUCAGGGGGAGUAGGAACAGUGUCUGGACUCUGACCUUGAACAGACUUCUCUGUUUAGUCUGACUCUGUGGGAGCCAUUUCUAACUGGGCAUCCUCCCCCAAACUCCUAAUCCCAUUCUGUGCCCUGGUACAACCCUCCUGGGUUCCACUGCCCUGUCUCUGCACUGUCUCUGGAAGGAAAGGCUUAUUAGCAUUAUGUCCAUGGGGACUCUGAUGAGGUGUCUGACUUAUCCCACUGGCUGCCAUCACUCUAGGAAUGUGCCAGAGUUCUGUGACCUUGAAAUCUAUUGCUAUUACCAUGUCUUGAAUAAAACAAACUCCACCCAGUUUCCUGCCUGGCUCUAUUCCCCUACAUCAAAACAGUCUGGACAGGGUCAAGACCUUCUGAUUAUAGGAUAAAACCCUGUCUUGUUGCUUCUAAGAACUAUCCUGUUUUGACCUGUAUUGGUGGGACAAUCCUAACAGGAUGGAAAUAAGAAUGUCUCCUACCAAGAUCCAAGAGGUCACUCAGAGAGAGGGAAGAGAGAAAACUAGAUUUCUAGUGGCAGUCGGGGAACAGACAAAAUUGAGUAGGAAAAGUGGCAAAUCUGAGGGGAGACAAGAUAUAAGGACAAGUCAAAUUCAGAAGGGGAAGGAAAGGACCUGAGGGAAGCACAAACAGCAAAAAGAUCAAAUCUCAAAAAGCACUGAAGUUGAAGAUAAGGACUGCUCCAAUUUAUAUUUUAGUGGAGUGGCCAUGCCUCCUCCCUUUCCUCCUAAUCUGGCUACAGCUGACUUUGUUCAGGGCUAAUAGGACAUGACCACUGAGUUGGGAACUGCCUUGAUCUAUUUGCCUCCUGAUAGAAACCUUAGAAUGAUGUUUUUUCCUAUCAGUUUACCACAAACUGAGGCCCAGGGAAGUUAAAUAAUUUGUUCAAGGUCACAUGUAAUAGGAUUCAAAUCCAGUUACCUUCUGAUGGGCUCUUGAAACAUUUGUGUGUGGAUGUGUAUGGAGCGGUAGAUCUGGAUUAUGGUGUAAAAAGAAUUAUGGAAUCAAAUAUCCUUCAUGUAAUUAUUCCCAGAGAGCAAAGUGGGUGUCAGUUGCUCCCCUGUUACAGAAGGCUUAAAUUAAAUGCCUUUGCCCCAACUUUUCGAGUUCCUAUUGAGACAACAGUGGGAAGGUAUUCUUUAGAAAUUCAAGCCUUCUCUUUUCUUCCCUAAGCUUGUCACUGCCUCAGUUUCUCUGACUUUGAAGGGAAGUAGUGCAUAUGUCUCAUAUAUAAGGGACUUCUAUAUUCCCUAACUUGUCAACCCUGGAAGUGAAGGGGUACCUCUUUCCUGCAUCCAUAUUUUCAUAUAAUUUUAAGUAGCAUCACUACUUAAUUCUGAAUACAUGUUGAUUAAUAGGAUCAAUAUAUUGGAUGACAAAUAUACUUCAUUUGGCUCAAGCGCCCAUCCCAAUCCAUAUAUUGGAAUUUCUGGAAACUGGAACUACUUGACCAGAUAAUCAUUUAAAUGGCAUACAUUUAAAAAAGCAAAAUAUCACUCUCAGUGCAUAUGUACCUUCUUAACCCAGGAAUUAAGAGUCUCCUCCUUAAGGCAGUAGUGAGGAAAACAUUUUCUUGAGAUUCAUAUUCUAGUGUUGGGGAAAAUAUGGCAAAUGUUAUGGCACAACUGAAAUAAGAGUUGGAAAGAUCCACUCAUGAAGCACCCAGAUUCCCAUUGAGAAUUUUGGUUUCAGCUGCCACUUACUAUCUUGGUCAUGUCACUACAGACCCUGCGCUCUCUCUUACUCUCAGCAAGCCAGAAUGCAGAAAAUAUUGUUGUCCCACUUCAUGCACAGGGUGCUCCUAUGGCCAAUCUCUUCCUCCGUCCCCUAGUAAUUUCUCAUUCUCCUAACAUUAUCAUAGGCACAGAACCCCAAAGGAAUUUAAUUCCUAGACAUUAAAAUCAUCAUCAUAGGCACAGAAUCCCAAAGGAAUUUAAUUCCUAGACAUUAAAAUCUCUCUCACACACACACACACACACACACACACACACAUCCUCAGAACCUAGAAUCUCAUGGGAAGUAUAGUCUUUUUUCUUGGACAUUAUUACAAUAGCAUUUCAGAACUGGGAGGAAAUUAUUCUAACUUUUGCAUAUGGACGAUGGAACUGCAUUCAGUAUCUGAUUUAACUUUAAUAACCUACCCUGCAGUCUUGUUGCUCUGCUAGGUACUUGAAAAGACCCAAAGUUUAGAUGACAGUUCCUGUCCUUAUGGGGAUUAUGGUCUAGUAGAGGAAUAUGAUACACAACUAUAAUGCAUAAAUACACAAAAGAAAUAUAAAUGAAAUAGCUGAAAUUUUAGAGAAAAAUCAUUACUGACAUCUCUUGGUCGGGGAAAGCUCAGUGCAGGACAUAGCACUUGAGUCUAGCCUUAAAGAAUGGACAGGAAUUCAACAGGUAGAAAGCGGAAAGAACUCACUGAAGGCAUAGGAAACGAUAAAGGUGCAGAGAUGAGAAAGCACAUGGCAUGAAUAGCUCAGGGCAUGCGACACAGAGCAGAUCCAUUUGGCUAGAUUGGAAAGUUAAGUUGAGGGGAAUAAUAUGGGCAAGAACUGGAAAAAAUAAAUUGUACUAGAUGAUGGAGAACCUUGAAUGCCAGGUGAAAGAUUGUGAACUUUAUCCAAUAGCCAAUAAUCCAGAUGUGGUCUGAUCAGGACAGAAUAUUGAGACUAUCACUUCCCUCAUUCUGAACACUGUACUUCUAUUAAUGCAGCCUAAGUCUGAGCACUUUGGCUGUGAUAUCACUGUAUGUACCAUAACCAUCCCCUAAAGCCCCCUAACACAUACAUGCACAUGCAAACACACACCCCUCUUUUCUACCUCUUAUUCUGAUCAAUAUUGCCAUUGCCUCUGGAAAGGGUGUUUUGAUUGACUGCCCAAUUGUUCCCCUCAUAAUAUGACUUCCCUGGAAAUAAUUCCUUUAUCACCUUUUUCCUACAUGUGCUGCUGCCUCUCAUUAGAAUGUAAGCUUCUUGAGGGCAAGGACUGUCUUUUAUAUUUGUGUCCCCAGUCCUUCAUGUGCUUACAUUUACAUAGUAAAUGCUUACUGAUGCCCACUGAAACCAGUCACAGCCCCUAACCUGUAAUUGUGCAUUAUUUUUAAACCAAAGUGCAGAACUUUACAUAUCUUGAUUAUUUCAUCUCAUUAACUUUAGUCCAGCAUUUCCAUCUGUCAAGAUCUUUAGGAAUCCCGAUUCCAUAAUCCAAUAUAUUAAUUUUCUCUCUCAACUUCAUGACACCAACAAAUUUGAUGAACCUCUUAUUGGUAAGCAUAUAGUCUUCAUAAAAGUUGCUGAUAAAAAUAUUGAACUGAAUAUGACAUAGGCCAGAGCCCUGGAACACUCUAUUAAAGACCUAUCUGUGGGUUGUCAUCACACCACUCUUUAGGUCUAAUCAGUCAUUAGUCUAAAUGCAUUUAUCUCAUCUAGCCAAUGUGUCUCCCAUUUUGGCCAGAAGGAUAUCAUGCAAGAUUUUGUCAAAGGCUUGUUAAAAUUCGGAAUUAGUAUUUCUAGAGCAUUUCCCUUAUCUAUGAACUUAAUAACAUUGUCCAGAGAAACAAUAUGCUUAGUUUGGUAUGACUUGUUUUUAAUUAUUAAAAAUAUUUUAUAUCACCUUAUUUCCAAAUAAAGCCCUUUCCUUCCCAUGCCUAUGGAUUCAUGCCUUGUGAUAAGUAAUUUAAAAAAAAAAAAGCAGUGCAGGAAAACCAACCAAUACAUCAACUAUUUGUGCCUGACAGCAUGUGUUAUAUCUCAUUUUCUCAACAUAUAAGAACCAAACUCUACUUAUAACUAUGGUUAAUCAAAAGGAAAUUUAAAAGCUAUUAAUAAGCAUGUAUCAUUUGAUAGAUUUGACAAAAUAAAGAUCAUUGUGCUUGAUGUUCAUUCUUGGCAAAAAGACUAGAAUGGAUUAUUUAAGGGUUAAUUUGUGAGCACUUAGAAAGUGAAAACAAUUAUCAGUAUGAGCAGCAAGGUCCACUAAAAAUGUUAUUCGUUCAACCUACACAUAUUAAGUGCCUGCCAUGUGGAAGGCACAGUAUAUGAGGAUAGAUAUGAGAUUUAGAUUAGACACAGACUCUUCUGUCACAGAUUUUGCAGUCUAAUUGGGGAGAAGAUGAAAACACACGACUAUAACAUGCAACAUUAUAUGAUAAAUACAUUAGUUUCAAAAAUAAUGUGCUUUUCGAUGUCUCCAUUCCUAAACUCACAUGUCCUAUAUCCCUUUAUCUCCCCACUCCCACCAACAAACUUUUUGAGGAGGAAAAGAGGUAAAGAAAUCCGAGUUUCCUUCACGACCCAGCUCACAUAUUAUGUGAAGCCUUAUCACCCCGCUGCUUAGUGCUCUCCUCACUUUCAGAUCAUCUUGUUUCUAUUUUGCAUAUAUUUCAUCUAUAUGUAUAUUUCCCCAAUAUACUGUAUGCUCUAUGAGAGCAGAGAAUUUUUCGGUUUUACCUUAUUCCCAGCAUUUGGCAUAAUAAAGUGCUUAGUGAAUUCUU